GUCGUCUUCCUCUUCUAUUUUGCUUUUUUUUCCUGUCACUUAACUACCAAAUUAUGCAAAGCUAUUGAAAACCAAAUAAAAUAGUGCUGUCUGCCCACAUAAUUACAGUGUAAGGAUGACAUCCAGGCAGACAGCGGCCUCUGAGGCUGCACUGAUUCCACUGUUUCUGGGCAAGCGGCGCUGCAACAUCACUUUUGUCCUGGACAGCUCAGAGAACAUGAGAGCUGCUCUGGAGUCAGUGAAACGCCUGCUGAUCCAGACUCUGCUGACUAAAGCUUCUCUAAGGGACUCUCUCUUCAACAUCAUGACAUUCUCAGGCAAGGUGAACUGCUGGUCCCACCACAUGCUUCCCUGUACUCCUGACACAGUGUACACGACUCUGUCCUGGAUUCACUCUGUCAGCUGCAGCCCCGGCAAGGAUCUCCUAGCCGCCCUGAGUCUGGCCCUUACUGACCCUACCUGCCAGGCCGUCCACCUGCUCACCACAGACCUCCCUGACCAGCCAGAGGCCAUGCUGAGAGCCCUGCCGGCCCUGGCAGCCUGGAGGCCCGUGAACAUCUUCUACCUGCAGGACUCAGGCAGCCAGCUGGAUAUCAACACCCAAGACUACCUGCUGUGUCUGACCCACGCCACAAGAGGGAGCUGUUAUAUGAUUUCAGUCAAUUCGAGUGGAGCACUGGAGAAGGUAUAA